AUGUCAACUAAUGUAAAGGCUUCUACGUUUCUUCCUGGCGGUAUCGCUAGUGGAAAUCAGCUUGCAUUGGCUCCGCCUUAUAUCUUUGUGAUUACAAUUAGUGGUCUUAUUUUAGUUUUGAUUAUUGUUAUUAUUAUUCGAGAAAUUUUAAAGUCUCGUGGCAUGCUUCGAGAUUGCUGCAAUUGUAAUAUCAGUGGUAUUCGAUGUUUAGGUUGUCAAGAAUGUUGUAUAGGAUGUGCUCAAGCAUGUGAUUGUUGUAGUACAACAUCAAUUGAAUCAUGUCUUGAUGCAUGUUGUCCAAAACGAGGAUCCAUCGAAUUUGCAGAUAUUAUUACAUGUGAAGCUUGUUGUUCUGGACAAUGUUGUUCGUGUGGCAAUACUGUUUGUGUUUGUGCACCAACGGAUGUCAGUAAUGUCAAUUGUUUAUGUUGUGCCUGUGAACAACGGUAUCCUCAACGAGAUGAUGAUGAUGAUAGAUAA